CUUUUUUAAAAAAGGAGUUCUUGAGGAAGUUUGAACUUGGUGCACACCGAUUGCUUGUUGGACUGCCACACUGUAUUCAUGGCGGUUGAUGGCAUUUUGAGUAUGUGGAACAAUAUGGGAAAGUUACCCCUUUUCAUAUUCUUCAGAGAUUCAAGGAAUGUUCUGAAGAAGGAUGAACUAGGCAUAGAAAUAGCGAACAUCGGAUUACCUGCAACAUUUGCUUUGAUGGCAGAUCCUAUUGCUUCUCUAAUAGACACGUCAUUCAUUGGCCGCAUAGGUGCCGUGGAGUUAGCUUCUGUAGGAGUUUCGGUUGCAAUUUUUAAUCAAGUAUCAAGAAUUACCAUGUUGCCACUAGUCAGUAUUACCACUUCGUUUGUUGCUGAGGAAGAAGCUACUAGUAAAUAUAGUACUGAAGCAGAAGAUGAUGAAAAUGUUCGUAGUAAUCAUGAUAUGGGCCAGGAAAUGGUGCCUCUAACUGGCAACAGUGACAUGAAAAUAGCCAAAUCUGAGGACAAUAGAAGGCAUGUACCGUCAGCAUCUUCAGCUCUGUUAAUUGGCUGCAUGCUUGGAAUACUUCAAACUUUGUUCCUUAUUUCCACUGCUAAACCUCUCUUACAUUACAUGGGCGUAAAACCUGAAUCUCCUAUGCUCAAGAUAGCCCAACAAUACUUGACAUUACGAUCACUCGGUGCUCCAGCUAUUCUUCUUUCGUUAGCUGCUCAAGGUGUUUUCCGGGGAUUAAAGGAUACUAAAACUCCCUUUUAUGCAAUCAUCAUUGGAGACUCGGCUAACAUUCUUCUGGACCCCAUAUUUAUAUUCACACUUCGUUUGGGUGUCAAUGGUGCAGCCAUAGCUCAUGUAGUUUCUCAGUAUUUAAUUUUUCUCGUACUCAUUUGGAGAUUAGUUGAAAAUGUCAUUCUGUUGCCUCCAAUUUUUAAAGAGCUACAAUUAGGUCGAUUCCUCAAGAGUGGAUUUCAGCUAUUGGUUAAGGUAAUAUCCACAACAUCCUGCAUAACCCUGGCGACUUCAUUAGUGGCUAGGCUGGGACCAAAACCGAUGGCUGCAUUUCAGGUUUGCCUGCAGAUUUGGAUGGCAACCUCUUUGCUUGCCGAUGGACUGGCUGUUGCAGGACAAGCAAUCCUAGCAAGUGCAUUUGCGAGAAAAGAUUAUGAAAAGACAGUGGCUGCUGCUUCUCGUGUGUUGCAGAUUGGUCUUCUUUUGGGGCUUCUGCUAUCAUUUUUUCUAGCAGCUGUAUCACGAUUUGCUUCGACUUUGUUUACGAAGGAUUUCGAUGUUUUGAACCUCAUGAACAUCAGCUUUCCAUUCAUUGCAGUAACUCAACCUAUCAAUGCUUUAGCCUUCGUUUUCGAUGGAGUUAACUAUGGAGCUUCGGAUUUUGCUUAUUCAGCCUACUCCAUGGUUGGGGUUGCGGUUAUGAGCAUCUCCUGCUUGUUCAUACUAUCCUCCAGCCAUGGCUAUAUUGGCAUCUGGAUUGCUUUGACCAUCUUCAUGUGUUUACGUGUGUUUGCCGGUCUUUUGAGGAUAGGAACUGGCAUGGGACCAUGGACCUUUCUAUGGAGCUGAGUGCUUCAAAUG